AAGUGUAUUAUAUUAAUAGUUUCAAUUAUGUUAUGGGUAACACAUUUUCUACAGAAGACAGUAUUUGCCUGUGAAUGCAAUUGUCAAUUCUGACUCCUGAAAAAUAUAGCAAGGCACUUCAACAGUCCUGUGGUGAAAAAGCAUGGAAGUCUCUGUGAACUAACAAUGCAGGUAAGUACCCGCAACUUCCCCACAGGGAAUGCAGAAAAAUGCAGGGAAUGCAGAAAAGUCACGUGACAUAUGAAGACGACGUCACGGUUUCAGGGAGCUGACCACUAGCAAGAGACCUCAGCCGGGCAGCCAAUGAGCGCAGAAUCUGACAGGCUGGCACUCGGACAGGGGACGUUGUGAAGCGCAGAGGAUGGCAUCCCAGGGGCAGCAUAUGAGCUCCUCUGUGGGCAGCCGCAAUCCACCGGCACAUGUACUGUGACACUGCGGGGAGGACAAGGCUGCCACUUUAUGUAGAGAACAAAGACACAAGGAAAAACCUUUAAAUGGAACCGUUAAAAAAUAAAUCUAACAAUCCACUGGAUGAAAACAAGCAAUGGAUGUCACGACUGCCUGAAAACCUGUGGGACAUUCCCCUGUACAACAUUUCAAUUCCAGGAAGUCAUGACUCUAUGAGUUAUUGUUUGGACAAAACAUCUCCACUAGAACCCGAGUUACCCGUAUUGCUCUCGGUCUUGGAUAAGUUUGUGCCAUGCUUUGCACGUGCCAUUAUUUUAAGAUGGGCCAAGACACAGGCUUUAAGUGUUACCCAGCAGCUGAAUGCUGGAGUUAGGUACCUUGAUCUCCGGAUAGCUCAUAGACCUGAUGAUCCAUCUCCAGUUCUGUACUUUGCACAUGGGCUCUUCACCCACAUCACUGUAAAGGAGGCAUUUUUAGAAAUCCUUGCUUGGUUACUCGCUAAUCCUACAGAAGUAGUGAUGCUAGCAUGCAGAAGAGUGCAAGACUUCACUCCGGAACAUCACCUGCAUCUUAUUUCCUCCUUACAUUCUGUUUUUGGUCCUAAGCUGUGUCCCAAACAUGAAACGCCCACACUGCGGGUAAUGUGGAAGAUGGGUUAUCAAGUGAUCCUCUCAUAUGAUGAUGUAAUAGCCCAAUUUUAUGACUUUCUCUGGCCUUCUGUUCCAUACUGGUGGGCAAAUACCACUAGUGUAAAUAAACUAAUCCAUUAUCUGGAAGAAAGAAAACAGGAAGGGCGUCCAGCAGGUGGUUUCUUUGUGGCUGGCCUGAACCUGACAGAGGACUUUUGGUAUAUUGUUACUCAUCUGUUUGGAUCAAUGAAAAAAAUGACAAUCCCUAAACUUCCAGUCAUGUACUUAUGGGUUCAGACACAACACCCAGGAAAAUCAGGGGAUGCAACCAACAUUAUUGCAGAAGACUUAAUUGGGUCAGAUCGCUUUGUUUCUGCAGUCAUUAAUCUGAACAGCAAACUGAUCUUGGAGAAAAACCCAUCUCCACAUUGACUGCUACACUCACUUGGGUCAGUUUAUACUAGUAUCUCCAAAAUUUACCCUUGCAAUCCUCAUCGCUAAUUCUGUUUUGAAAUAACAGGAAAAUCAUAUUACAUUAUAAAGAUCCUCUUUCAGUUCAUUUGAGAACUUCUCUCCCAGGAGUACAAGCUGAAAUGAGCAGUGGGUGUGUCUGAAGCAGCUUUAGCAGGAAGCAGCCAUCAUUGGUGAUUGACAAGUGAUCUUUUGAAGGACAUGUUUGACAAUUUAGAUGCAUCAUCAUUUCUACUCAUCUUUAUGUUAUGGAUUUAAAACUGCCUUUCCACAUUUUAUUUUUCUUAAAGCGUGCACUUAAUUUCUCCCCUGACUUCUCCUUAUGUUACUUUUGUCCUUCUGCAUCAUUAUUGUACUCCCUGUGCCUCAGCCUGAACCAGAAAAUCAAGCACUUAUGUCAUUACUUUAAA